AUGUGUGGUAUUUUCUUUUCUCUAAGCGCAUCAGGAGCUGUGCUUCCUAAUGAGGAGACUUGCUGCUUGUUGCGGAAAAGAGGACCUGAUAACUACCAUGUUCAUAAUGUUGAACAGAAGAUAGCCAAUACACGGUCAAGCAAUGAAGAACCCAUUGCUGUUCAGCUUACCUUUGUUUCCACAGUCUUGUCGAUGAGAGGAGGCUGCCUUGUUCCCCAGCCACUGGUGGAUCUCACUACGCAGUCCGUAUUAUGCUACAAUGGAGACGCCUGGAAGAUAUCAGGUGAACCUAUCCAGGGCAACGAUGCGGAGCUGAUCUUUAAGCUGUUACUGCAGGCUGUAAACCACCAUUCGAAAACAACUUCGUCAGCGGACUCGGGUACGACUGCUGUUCAAGGUGUUCUGGAUGUCAUCAGUAGCAUUUCCGGCCCCUUUGCCUUCGUGUUCUAUGAUGCGAUCAACUCAAAACUGUUCUUCACCAGAGAUUCACUUGGAAGACGCUCUCUACUCCAAGGUGUUGAUGAGUCAGGGGCCUUUAAGCUGUGCAGUCUCUGCGACGGCACAUCUUCGACCCACUUUAGUGAGGUCGAGACAGACGGAGUGUAUAUGAUUGACUUUGAACAUGCUAUAUUCCAGGAUAACUGGAUCGCAACGAGGAGUGCUGGCGCGCCUUUGUUCGAUGCAAGUUGCAUACAGACACUUUCUUGGGAACAUAACACAUCCGAUCUUCCUCUUCGUCCUCUAACAGAGGUUCAGAGAAACCCCGUCCCUCCAAUGAACAAAUCCACACCCGAUGGAGAAGCUCCUUCACUAACCGUUGAGACUGUCGCUGUCAGGGAACUUGAGCAUAAGUUGCGUCAGUCCUUAGCAUUGCGAAUUCAGAAUGUACGAGAACCUCCGACUGCUUCAUCAGGGAGCAAUGUGAAAGUGGCUGUACUGUUUUCCGGUGGCCUCGACUGCACAUUACUCGCCAGGCUCUCUCAUGGGAUCCUGCCAAAGGAGGAAGUCAUUGACUUGCUCAACGUGGCAUUCGAAAACCCGCGCGUUGCGGCCGCCGCGGCGGGCAAGGGAGGUGCCACUGGCUCCGUGUAUGAAAGCUGUCCCGAUCGUAUCACCGGCCGGGCGGCAUUUGCAGAGUUGCAAAGAGUUUGCCCCGACCGUAAUUGGCGAUUUGUUGCGGUAGAUGUACCGUACGAGGAAACCCUUGCGCAUCGUGAGACUGUCAAGCGUCUGAUGAGACCCCACAAUACCGAGAUGGAUUUGUCCAUCGCUUGCGCAUUAUAUUUCGCUUCGCGUGGGCAAGGGCUGGCGUUCGACAGUCGACAGAUCGACGCUCAACCCACGCAAUAUGCCACUUCGGCACGGGUGCUCCUGUCUGGCCUUGGCGCAGAUGAGCUAUUUGCAGGAUACUCGAGACAUGGAGCAGCAUUUUCUCGCGAUGGUUUCACGGGCCUCAUUGACGAGAUCAACCUUGACGUCAGCCGCCUUGGAAAGCGAAACCUGGGCCGUGACAAUCGAGUCAUUGCACACUGGGGUCGCGAAGCGAGGUUUCCCUUCCUAGACGAAGAGUUCGUGUCCUGGGUGGUGCAGCUCCCAGUGUGGGAGAAAUGCGGGUUCGGCACCCCUUCCCCACCAACGGAUUCACCAGAGGCAGGGCUCGAUUCGGAGAAAAAAGCCCUUCGCCUGGUCGCACUAAGACUCGGCAUGACGAACGUCGCCCGGGAGAAGAAGCGAGCAAUCCAGUUUGGGUCCAGGACAGCCAAGAUGGAGAAGAGCAAAGUGAAAGGGACCGAUGCACUUACCUGA